UCCGGGGGACUACCGAUGAAGGCGCAACCCGUGUGCGUCGCGAUAUCGGUCCGUGUCCGUGGUUGAAAUAGUUUUGUUUACAAAAUGGAUGAAUUUAAAGCCUGUAACCUAGACUACUUUCCAGAAAACAUUUUAAUUGACGUGUUGUCGUAUUUGAGCGUACGAGAGCUCGUUAGAGCUGGAAGAGUAUGUAAGAGAUGGAACCGGCUUGUGAAAGACCAACGGCUGUGGAGGUUUGUCGAUCUGACUGCAUGGAAAGGGGUGACAUCCCGCAUACUUUGGCUCCUGCUGCGUCAUUACCUGGGUUGUGGACUGAGGUGCCUACGGUUACGUGGUUUGCUGCUUUCUGCCAGAGGGGGCACCUUUCUUUCCGAGUCUUGGCUCAGAGCUGUGUCCACAAAGUGCCCUCGCCUGAGUAAGCUCUAUCUUCUGCACGCAGACCUGCGAAGCCUUCAAGGUUGCCAGCUCCUACCUACAUCUUUGCAGGUGCUUGAGCUGCGUGGUUGUGAGCUGCCCCGUGAAUUUUUCAACCAGACUUCCCCUUCACCUGACCAAGAAAGAGCAGAAGCCACAUCCAGUGUUGGUGCUCAACAGCAAGGAAGGCAUCGGAAAGGGCUUGGUUCUCCAUCAGGGAUUGGUAUAGGGAGGUUAGUCCUUAACAAUGUGCCCUCUUUCACGGACCAGCAUCUGAAGAGUCUGACAUCAUGGGAGAGGCUCAGCCGAUUGGAGCUGCGUGACACCUUCCGUGUGACUGCCAACGGGAUCAGGAAAUGUGCUGCCAAGGAUGGCGUCUAUGGGGUGGAAGGCCUUUCCAGGCUCAAGUUUCUGGAAAUAGGCAUCACUGGGCGGCAAGGUUACCAGUUACAGAUGGCCUCCCUUGGGCUGGGUGCAGGAUGGCUCGGACUGGAGGAACUGAGUCUGGGGGGCAAAGAGGUGGGCCCAGGCUUGCUCUGUGCCAGCCGCUUGAAGAACCUGAAGUGUCUGUGCCUGUGGGCCUGCACGCUCAGCGAGAUGCAGAUAGUGCGGAGCUGCAGGUUGCUCCGCGGACUCAGCCGGCUGGAGUUUUUGGAUGUGGCCUUCCAGCCUAAGCAGAGUCCACCAGCCGUGGAGGGUGAGGGUGGUGGAAGUGGAGAAGAGCAGGACAAAGAGGAAGCUGCAGGUGUAGAUAACAGCAAUGAUGAAAACAACACAGUAGACAUGAACGAUCCUAUUCCAAGUUUGCGUCGCUCACUGGCUGACCUGCUGCCAUCCUGCACACUAGUUUUCACCAACUGCUCUGUUCAGAUCAGUGCAGACUAAAUGAGGUCUCUACUACUGGCCAAUAAAGAUACAAUUCCCUUUUACUCAGCCAUAUGUCAUUUUAUUUUGUGUUAUGGAGAAAAUUAAUGACUAUGUAAGUUAACUAUGCCCAGCCCAAGUCCAGCCCAAGAUAUCAGAAAAUCAUCGGAGCCAGUUCCGGAUGUGAAUCAGAUAUUCAGUCCUUCAAAAAAAUCACAAACUGUAUAAUACUGGAGAAAUCAGAGUGUAAACUAAUGACUUUUUUUUCUCUAAAUAUUCUUUAAUCUGCCAACCUCAACAGCCAGAGCAGGAAAAUCAGUUUUAAACUGUGCUCUUCAAGAUGUUUGGCUUUUAAAUAAUCAAAAUGUUGCAUAUGAUUCAGGGCCAUACUUUUUAAAUAUAUUUCCUUAAUUUGGGUUUUGACAGGAUAUUUUCAAACCAUAUACUGUCAAACUUGAAUAAAAGCUUACUUUUAAUUGUACUAUAUUUUGUGAUAUAGUACAUUUUUACUCUUUAUGGAUGAAAUAAUUUAGCAAAUAAAAAAUUCCAUAACACCAAAUUAAGCUUCUUCAUCACAUUGAGGAUGAAUCAUCUUGCUACAAAGCAAUCUUGCUCUUGGAUUUGCAACAUUUCCUCAGAGAUACUUGUUAAAGUUAGAGCGACCACGUUACAAACGGUUUGGAAAAAUCUCUGAAGGCAGUCUCGCUUCCAAAUUUGUUGCUCAUACGCAGACAAAAACAGACGAAGUUUUUUAACAUACUCUUUCAAACUCAGUCACAAUAAAAAUACACAAAAUAUGAAGCUGUCAUAGCUAGACUGUAAAGCCACAAGCAGGUGUCAGAUACAAAGGCAGAUAACUGAAGCAUGCUGCUGGCAAUGAUCCACCUGUUUCCUGUUCCUUCACUCCUUUUCAGCUAUGUAUACAUUCAGAAAAUAUAUAUAUAUGUCACAAGCAGGUGUUUGACUUUGGUGUGACAGAAAAGCAGCACAACAUAUUGAAAUUAUUAUUCUGUCUUAUUUUCUUUCAUUGUAGUUGUAAAUGUCUGUUUAUUGUAUUAAUUACAUGGAGUAUCUGUGUCAUUGACGUGAAUUGUAUUGCAGCAAACCAACCAUUAUAAUUUUAACCUUCUUAAUAAUUAUAAAUGAAAAUGAGUUUUAAAUAAACCUAUUUUUAACAAAUGCAUCUUGAAGUAUAAUUUGUCUUCUUUGUUGUUUUUAUUCUAUCAGUCAAUUGCAUAAUUCUACACAAAACUAGACCCACUUCUCAUGAAAUCCACGGAUUAAUCAACAAGCCUGUAGAUACCAACUUAACUCAUUAAAUACAAAAUAAGAGCAUGUGCUGCUACAGGAAAUAUAUGUUUAACAAUGUUAAGCUCUCCUGAA